AUGGCGAGAACAUCAUUCCCAAGUCAAGACAAGGAACAAGAUGAAGAAAAGAAUCUGGAAGGUAUGAUAAAAGGAUGGCUAACUGCUAUAUAUAUGACAAGGCCAGAUAAUAAAAAAGAAGUCUCCUUAUGGGAUAUAUGCAAGAAUUGA